GAAAUGAAAAAUGAAACCAACCAAAGUAGUACACCAAACAACACAGCAACAGUGUUGUAAGUGUCGUUAGAUUCAGUGAUUCAAGUAGUUGAAAUCUCCGUCCACUUUCGAUGAACACGAGGAUACAUCUUUUCUAUUUCACUUAACAAACAACAAACAUUCACUUCACAAUACAUACAUUCCUCGUUUUCUUCAAUUCCCCAUUUUUCAACAAUGUCUCACCUUCUUCAAACAUCCUUCCUCUCUUCCUCCACCGUCGUCCGCCGCACACCCACCUCCCUGUACCGCACCACAAACCGCAUCAUUGUCCGCGCCAAGAUCCGUGAAAUCUUCAUGCCAGCACUCAGUUCCACAAUGACCGAGGGCAAAAUCGUCUCAUGGAUCAAAUCCGAAGGCGACAAACUCUCCAAAGGCGACAGUGUUGUCGUCGUUGAAUCCGAUAAAGCUGACAUGGAUGUCGAAACUUUCUACGACGGUAUUCUCGCAGCUAUUGUUGUUGAAGAAGGUGAUGUCGCCGCCGUUGGAUCUCCCAUCGCAUUUCUCGCUGAAACUGAAGAGGAAAUUGAACUAGCUAAGGCCAAAGCUCUUUCAUCUUCUUCAUCAUCCUCUACUUCUCCUUCUCCUGCACCCUCACCUGCGCCCGCACCCACACCUGCACCCGUAGAAUCUCAACCGAAGAAGGUUGUUACAGCGGCGGUUGUUUCCAAACAUCCGGCGUCGGAGGGAGGGAAGAGAGUGGUGGCAUCACCCUAUGCGAAGAAAUUGGCUAAGGAGUUGAAGGUGGAGUUGGGACAAAUUAUUGGGACUGGACCUUCAGGGAGGGUUGUGGCGAAAGAUGUCGAGGCAUUUGCAGCUAUAGGGAGUGUUGCAGCGACGGCCACGGAGCCCGUAAAUACUGCGGUUUCUGGUGUUGAAUUGGGGACUGUGGUACCGUUUACGACAAUGCAGAAUGCUGUGAGUAGGAAUAUGGUGGAGAGUUUGGGGGUCCCUGCUUUUAGAGUUGGAUAUACUAUUACCACUGAUGCACUUGAUGCUCUCUACAAGAAGAUCAAGUCAAAGGGAGUUACUAUGACAGCAUUACUUGCUAAGGCUACAGCACUCGCGCUGGCUAAACACCCUGUUAUAAACUCUAGUUGUAGGGAUGGUAAUAGCUUUACAUACAAUAGCAGCAUCAACAUUGCAGUCGCUGUGGCUAUAGAUGGUGGUCUUAUUACACCGGUGCUUCAGGAUGCUGAUAAGGUUGAUGUUUAUUCAUUGUCUAGAAAGUGGAAGGAGUUGGUUGAUAAGGCCAGAGCUAAGCAGCUGCAGCCUCAUGAAUACACCACAGGUACUUUCACUCUUUCCAACCUGGGAAUGUUUGGCGUUGAUCGCUUUGAUGCUAUUCUGCCUCCUGGAACCGGGGCAAUUAUGGCAGUUGGAACAUCACAGCCAACUGUUGUGGCUACUAAGGACGGUCGCAUUGGCAUGAAGAAUCAAAUGCAGGUCAAUGUUACAGCAGAUCACCGUGUAAUCUACGGUUCUGAUCUAGCUCUGUUCUUGCAAACUCUGUCUCAGAUUAUUGAGGACCCUAAAGAUCUUACUUUCUAGUCUCAUUUUUCUAUAUCCUUAUGCUGCAUAAAAAGAGUUUAUGAUUCCUCUAUUCGUGGAUUACGGAUUAUUGAUCGUCGAGAAGCACAAUCUGAAAAGCCAAAUUACUAUUCACUCAGGAUUGUGCAAAGAACAGGAGCAGAGUUUUGAAUAGGAAAGCUGAGCUGUAGUUUCUUAAAUGAGAUUGAGUCAAAUAUGUCAUUUUUCAUUAAUACCAUCUAAUUAUAAAUUUGUUCUUUUGGUUGCCCGUUGUCGUCCAAUAAUGUCCAUUAUUUAUGUGAGAGCAUGAAACUUAUUUUAGAAUCCUGUCUAGAAAAUUGAAACAUGGGAGAUUGAACAAUGAUUACGUUCUGUUAAGUGUGAUUGUUGUGACAUUUUGUAUCAAUGGCAAUGGCAAUGACUAAUAAAAAAGCUGGUUCCACCAAAGUUAGGGAUA